GACUUCUCCGAUUUGAACGAAACUCAUGUAGAUCGACCUUAAUGCUCUUACAUAUAUUCCGUGUGCCCAAUAAAUGUAUAGUACAGUAUUAUUUUGUCUUAUUGCGUGGAAUCUGUGUUGAUUUGAAAAGUAUUAUUUAUUGCUGUAAUUAUUAUAAUUCUUUGUGAAAGAAGAUUGAAUAAUAGCAGAUCAAAAUGGGUAAAAGACAGCAUCAAAAGGACAAAAUGUAUUUAACGUACACCGAAUGGACAACAUUAUACGGUGGGAAAAGAUCUGGAACUUCAGAAGCAAACUCUGAAGACACAACAUUUCGUCGUUUGCCUUAUGAUCAUUGCUGUUUAACUUUGCAACCCUUCCAACAUCCUUACUGUGACUCCCAAGGAAAUGUCUUCGAACUGGAAGCAAUAUUAGAAUAUAUAAAAAGAUUUAAACAUAAUCCCAUUAGUGGGAAACCACUGGACCCAAAAUCUUUAAUAAAACUGAACUUUUUUAAGAAUGUAGAAGAUCAGUACCAUUGUCCAGUUCUAUUUAAAUUAUUUACGAAACAUUCUCAUAUUGUUGCUAUCAAAACGACUGGAAAUGUAUUUUCAUACGAGGCAGUGGAACAGUUGAAUAUAAAAACACGUAACUGGAAGGAUUUGAUAAAUGACCAACCAUUUACGAGGAAAGACAUUAUCACAAUACAAGAUCCAAGCAAUGCAACGAAAUUCAAUUUAUCCACGUUUCAUCAUAUAAAAAACAAUAUAAAAGUCGAAGACGAAGAAACUAUAAAGGAACGUAAUAAUCCAAAUGCGAGGUUGAAGACGGUGUCUAUGGAGACUAAAGAAAUAUUAGCCGAAUUAGACAGGGAUUACAAGCAAGCAGAAUCGAAACAGGAAGCUUCCAAGCCGAAAGCAGAUAAAUUUAAUGCUGCACACUAUUCCACUGGCGCAGUUGCUGCCGGAUUUACGUCGACUGUAAUGCCGACAGAAACUACGCAUCAAGCAGCAGUCAUCGCAGAAGAUUUGGUCAGAUACGAGAGAGUUAAAAAGAAAGGAUAUGUGAGAUUAGUUACAAAUUUUGGUUCUCUGAAUCUAGAACUUCAUUGCGAUCUCGUCGCGAAGACGUGCGAGAACUUUAUAAAACACUGUCACGAUGGUUAUUACGAUGGCACGAAAUUCCACAGAUCGAUACGAAAUUUCAUGAUACAAGGAGGCGAUCCAACGAAUACUGGUAACGGUGGUAAAUCCAUUUGGGGUAAAACGUUCGAGGAUGAAUUCAAGCCGAAUUUAGUUCAUCAAGGACGAGGGAUUUUAUCAAUGGCCAAUUCUGGACCGAAUACGAACGGAUCGCAAUUUUUCAUCACGUUUCGAUCGUGCAGGCAUUUAGAUCGCAAGCACACUGUCUUCGGUAAAAUAGUCGGUGGCUUGGAGACAUUGAACGCUAUUGAGAAAGUCGAAGUAGAUAACAAAGAUAGACCGAUAGAAGAUAUAAUAAUACAAAGAGCACAGGUGUUCGUCGAUCCGUUUCAAGAAGCAGAUGAACAGUUAACUGCUGAACGCGCGGCCGAGAUCGAGCGAUUAGCUCAAGAAGCUGCCAAAAGUAAAUUGGACAAUAAAAAUGAAAAGGACGACGUAUUGAGAGUAUAUCGAUCGGGCAUAGGGAAAUAUAUAAAACCUGACAAAGAAGAGAAGGUGGCAAAGGAAGAAUCGAGUGGAGGACCUGUGAUUAAAAAGAAAAAACUUAUGGCUAGCUCAUUUGGUGAUUUUUCUUCUUGGUAGUGACAUGGGUAUUAGACUAAAUUAUGUAAAUAAUUUUUACUUAAUGAAACCAUCAAUCUUUUAUUAUUCUUAUGUAUUUAUAAGAUGUAACAA